AAAAAGUUUAUUCGUAUCAUAAAUUCCGGCAUUUAUAUUUUUUGGAACUCUUCUUUGAAAAAAGAAUAAGAAAAUUCUCGUUGCUUCACAUACGUAAACAAAUGGAAAUGGAGGGGAAUUGUAUACGAGAAAGAGAUAAGAAAGGUCGGUUCAAGAAAGCCCCAUCUACUGCUACUACAACCAUUAGCACAUGUACCGAUGAAAAUAACAACCACCCUGACUUCAUCGAUGUCAACAGCGAAGAUCCACUAGCACAGGUAGAUGAAUAUGAUGAAAAUAAAGAGACAUUUGACCUGUUCCAAGGCAGAAGAGUUGUUGAAUUUUCGAUUCUGGUGGAUCAUUUGCAAAGAGGGUGCUUUCUGUGUCAUACGCCUUUGGAUCUUGUUGACUGUGAGAAAGAGAGACGUCAUGGACUAGCCAGCUUACUGUAUGUGAGACGCAGGAAAUGCGACGAACUGACAAUCAUUCCAACUGGUAAACGACACAAUAUAGGUCAGAAUGGUCAAGGUCCUUUUGAUAUCAACACCAAAUUUGCUGUUGUGAAAGUGAAUUGGUGCUCUCUUAUGAUGCUGGGUGGCAAAAGCGAGGAAGUGGUAGAAACUACAAUAGUCUCUCAGGACACACAUCAGUGAUUGGCAGCAAAACUGGCAAAGUAGUAGGAUACAGUGUCAUGUCAAAAACAUGCCACACCUGUAAUUCCAACAAAACCAGAACCCGUGAAAAAGAUUAUGACUGCAAGAAUUGGUCUGGCAGUUCAAAGUCAAUGGAACCAGCAAGCAGAUAGCACAUCAGAGAAGAGGCUAUGAUGGGAUACACAGCCUAUUUACAGAGAAUUUCAGGGCAAGCCAAGGAUUACAAAGCGCACAUCUAUCAUUACUGCUGUGUCCAAAUUCAUGGAAGAGAGAUAACUCUACAUUCUGAAAAUUGAUGUCAUAUUGAUUUCAGUCAUUAUCUUUUAUAUUUUACUGGAUACAAUGCAAUUUAUUUUUAUUUUUGUAAUUCUUUCACCCAAUGGAUAUUUUGUUUAGGCAGCAAACAAGUCUACAUAUAGUAUAUGAAAUACAAUUUGAUGAAACUGA